AUGGCUGACCCUGUUAUCUCUUUUGUAAUUGAGAGAACUGGCGAUCUGCUGAUUCAAAAAAUUGUUUUCCUGAAAGGCGUUCGACGACAAGUUAAGAGACUUCAAAAUGAUCUGGUCCGGAUGCGGUGUUUCCUGAUAGAUGCUGAUCAGAGGAAAGAUGAAGAUGCGAGGAUCCGCAAUUGGGUUUCUGAAAUCAGAGCUGCGGCCUACGAUGCGGAGGAUAUCAUUGAGAUCUUUGCCAACAAAGUUGAGUUCUUCACAAAGGACAAGGGACUCGUCACCAAAUUGACAUAUUAUCCCUUGAAAAUUAUGAACCUCAACAAGGUAGGUAAAGAGAUUGAAUCCUUACGGAUGAGGCUCAAGGAGAUUGCUGAAAGCCGCCAAGAGUUUGGUAUAAAAAAUCUUGGAGAAGGGAUGACUACACAUGGAGAAGAGCUUCAACGGAUCCGGCGAUCCUCUCGUCUCAGCGAGGACAAGGAUAUAGUGGGCUUCGAGGAGAUAACAAAAUCCCUGGUGGAAGAACUUUUGAAAGAGGACGAAAACCGCCGUGUGGUUUCAAUCAUUGGCAUGGGAGGUGCUGGUAAAACUACUCUAGCCAAAAAAGUUUAUAACCAUGCUGGCGUCAGGGGAACAUUCAACUGCCGUGCUUGGGUGUGCGUCUCUUCAAGCUACAAUCACAAAGAGAGGCUGAGGACAAUCAUAAAGCAAUUAAAUCCGAUAACUAAUGAGCUACUUGACAUGUUGGAAAAGAUGGACGAGCAGGACUUGGAAGAAAGGCUGUAUAAAGAUCUACAAGAUAAGUGUUAUCUUGUGGUACUUGAUGAUGUAUGGGAGGCAGAAGCGUGGGAUUGUCUUGCUAGGGCCUUUCCUGAUGUUUGCACAUCAAGUAGAGUGCUACUUACAAGUCGCAAUAGGGAUGUUGCCCAACACGCUGAUGCUUAUAGACACCCGUAUGAGUUGAAAACUUUGGGGCAGGAAGACAGCUGGCAGUUGUUUCUCAAAAAGGCCUUAGGCCAUGGAGCUAAUGCUGGGUGUCCUCCCGAUUUGGAAGAAGUAGGCAGAGAGAUUGUAAGGAGAUGUGCUGGUCUGCCACUGGCCAUCACAGUUAUAGCUGGGCUACUGGGCAAGAAAAAGUUGAAGAGUGAAUGGGACAAAAUUCUCAACAAUUUCGGCACAAACCUAUCAAGGGGCCAGAGUGGGGUAUCAGCAAUUCUGGAUUUAAGUUAUGCAGACCUUCCUCCCAAUCUGAAAUUUUGCUUUUUGUAUUUGGGUUUGUUUCCCGAAGACUCCGUGAUUUCUGUGCGCAAGUUGAUCCAUCUGUGGGUUGCAGAGGGAAUAAUGCAGAAAAGAGAUGCAAAAAAUUUGGAGGAAAUUGCAGCAUAUGAUGAUGUGGAACGACUUUGCAGCAGAAAUAUGGUCCAAGUGGCGGAAAUGACUGUUGAUGAGAGGAUUAAAAGCUGCAGAGUCCAUGAUUUACUGCGAGAGCUUGCAAUCAGAAAGGCAGAGGAUGAAAAUUUCUUUCAGAUCCAUGACACCAAAGAUAAUGAAAUAUCAGCCAAAUCCAGGUACCUUGCUGUUCAUGUUCUCCCUCUGGAUGAAAAUUAUCUUGGGUCUUCGACCCCUCCUCUCCGGUCUCUACUUUUUUUCAAUAUCCGCCGUUACGGGAAAGGCAUUAGUUUUAGCUCCAAAAGUUUCAGAAAGCUUAGGAUACUAGACUUUGAGAAUAUUGGGAUGGGUUAUAAUUUGCCAAAAGGAAUUGGUGAAGUCAGGCUUUUAAGGUACCUCAAUUUAAGAGGCACAUUCAUUACAAGACUCCCUCAUUCCGUCGGUUGCUUGCGAUACCUACAAACUCUUGACAUACGGACCAAAUUACGGGGUGUGAAAGUUUCAAAUUUCAUUUGGAAGCUUGAAAGUUUACGUCAUCUGUACGCUUAUGAUAUUGAAUGUGACGUGCCUCUUAAGAUUGAAGGAUUGAGGAAUCUUCAGACUCUGUCAGGCAUACGCUUUGAUGACAUUAUGCACAACAAUAACAUGAUAACGCUGACAAGUCUUCAGAAACUGGGGAUUGUAGUGGAUCGCAGGUCAGAGAUAGACAAACUCUGCCUGCAUUUAUCUGAGGUUGGAAACCUAAAGACGCUACAUCUUCGUUGUAAUCCAGAAGGGCAGUGGCCAUCUCUAGUUGGACUUUCUGAGCUCCAUCGUGUAACAGAGCUUAAGCUACAUGGGGUGGGUUUUACAAUGCUGCCUCCUGAUUUCCCUCCAAAUCUCUCUCACUUGUCUUUGGAAGACAUAAUCAUGGGUGACCAAAUGUCACUACUAGAGAAAUUGGGACAGCUGUCGUUCCUCAAAAUUCGAGCUGCAUUUGUGGGAGAAAAGCUAGUCAUUUCUAGGCAUGGGUUUCACCAAUUGAAAUUCCUUGAGCUCAACUCCCCACAUGGUUUGGAGGAAAUAAAGGUGGAGAAAGGCGCAUUGCCACAGCUCCACUGCCUGAGAAUCAGGAACUGCAGCGAAUUACGGAAGUUGCCGGAAGCGCUGAAGCACAUAUCCACUCUCGAUAAGCUUGAGCUUGUGGACAUGCCAGAAGAUUUCAUCAGUAGGCUUGAUGCGGACAUGGUAUCCAGUGUCCCUAACCUCAGAAUAUUUGACUUGCCGAAGGAAGGAAGGCGGUAG